UAAUCAUCCUCGCACUGCUCCGUCCCAGAAAGGAAGCCAUUAUUGCUCCGUUCACCUGCUGCUGCGCACGCCGCCUCUCCCUCCCCCGCUCCCAGCCUGCAACCUUGGGUUCACCAGCACAAGUACAACCGGAGAGAAGCGGGGUUUCGCCUCCAAAAUCUCUCGGCGAUUAAAAGAAGUUCUUGAGGUCGUCUAUUAUACUUGCUUUAAUCGCACUGCUCCGUCCCAGGAAGGAAGCCAUUAUUGCUCCGUUCACCUGCUGCUGCGCACGCCGCCUCUCCCUCCCCCGCUCCCAGCCUGCAACCUUGGGUUCACCAGCACAAGUACAACCGGAGAGAAGCGGGGUUUCGCCUCCAAAAUCUCUCGGCGAUUAAAAGAAGUUCUUGAGGUCGAUGUGACCCCGUUUCCAUCUUUGGAGGUUUCGUGGAGAGGAUGGGUUUUGCGCGGGGAAUGUGCUGGAUGGAUUCUCGAGGUCUCUGUUGAAUCCAGUUUCUUGGAGAUUUGGGAGGUUUGAUUUCGUCCGAGCUCAGGACGCCCAAGCCAUUGUGCUUGUGUCCCGGGGAGAUUAUUUGGAGCGGCGGAAGGUGGUGCGACAUGGCUGUUGUAUGUGAAAUCUGUGGAGAUGUUGGUUAUGGACAUCUUUUGCUAUCUUGCGAUCACUGCAAGUGUGCCAUGCACCAGACAAACCCAAUAAGUUUUAAUGUUCUCAUGGGAACUUAUUAUUGAUCACAUCAGAUGCCAUACAUGUCAUACAUCUGAUGUCAUACAUUGAUUACAGGACAAACCCAAUAAAUACUGUCUGGCCAAGGUUCUUUUUGAUGGAUCAUUAGUAGAACGCUGGUUCUGUGAUGAAUGCCUGCCAAAGCGUGGUGAAGUUACUUAUGAGGGAUUUUUGCAGAAGGCGCCAAAACAUACUCGUUCUGGUUCUGCAGUACGCCGGGCAAGUACCAUAAGUGUGAGGUCAACAAGGGAAGCAGGGCCAUGUAGAAACCAUAAGAGUAAGUCAGAGAAGUCUAAAAGUAAAUCUCGAAGAAAGAAAUGUUUGUCAAGCAAGAAUUCUAUGCUAAGGAAGCACAAACAAAAGGGGUCAGAUAUGCAACCAAUGGGUAACAAGACCAUUACACGAGAUUGCAAUGCUCCCAAUAUUUAUUGUGAUAGUGAGAAGGAACUUCAUUCCUGUGAAGUCAUGUCCAUUGAAACAUCCAAGGCCGGCAAAGCGGAGAAUCAGCAGAUUGACCAUGGACAUUGUGUUCAUACAUUAAACAAUGAUUGUGUUGCAAAUUGCUUGCCCGCAAGGGUAAAACAAAUCAAUCUCCAAAACCCAUUGGAUGAAUUUGAACCUCCUCUAGGUGAUGCAAGGCAAUUGAACCCCUCAAAGGACAGUGACUGCCUGUCGCCAGGGAACGUUGGAAUUGAAAAUCCAAAGGGUCAUGUUACACCAGUCAUAGCACGGGGAAAUCAGAGUGUACCCAAUAUUUCUUGUGAUAGUGGGAAGGCACUUAAUUCUUGUGAAGUCAUGACCAUUGAAACAUCCAAGGCCGGCAAAGAGGAGAGUCAGCAGAUUGGCCAUGGACAUUGUGUUCAUACAUUAAACAAUGAUUGUGUUGCAAAUUGCUUGCCAGCAAGGGUAAAACAAAUCAAUCUCCAAAACCCAUUGGAUGAAUUUGAACCUCCUCUAGGUGAUGCAAGGCAAUUGAACCCCUCAAAGGACAGUGACUGCCUGUCGCCAGGGAAUGUUGAAAUUGAAAAUCAAAAGGGUCAUGUUACACCAGUCGUAGCACGGGGAAAUCAGAGUGCACCAUCAACACUACUGGAUCAGGUGGAUUCAGGUUCCUUCCCAGGAACCAAUUUGAAAGAAAUCGUUCUUCUGGAGGACAGUGAUACAUCAGCGGAACUUUUUUAUACUGUUGAGAAUUGUGUUAAGGACAAUCAAGGGAAGCAAACACAGCUCAUUAUACUGGACGAUGAUGAAGAAGAGGCUGCGGAUGUGCAGUCAGAAGAUUAUAAUCAUCGGUCGCUUGAGUGUGAUGGACCACUGAACAAGCGUAGAAUAGGCAUGGAAGAUUGUGUCGAACAAGCUGUACAGACUGGUGAUUUGAAUGGUCAAAAUCUCAAUGCUGUACACCUAGAUAUUUUGAUUCCUGAAUCUUGUGAGAUUACUCAGCCUGUGAAGAAACGGAGGAGAAAUAUAGAGGAGAAUGAAGAUAACAAAGAUGAAGAGGUUUUAAUAGGUACCAGUAAUCGUAAAUGUGCUCUUGAUGAUGCUUCAAAGUUGACAUCAGAAACUUUAGUUGCAACGGAUCCUGUUCUCGGAUCCAGAAUGGCAUUUGAUUCAGAGUUUGCCAAUCAGCAAUGUUCUAUGUACUCACAACCCACUGAUGAACCUAUCUGGAGUGGAAUACUUAAGAUAAACAACGAAGUAUAUAUCUCGUUGACUGCACACCUGUCGACCACAGCUUGUGGGUUCGUGCGGGAAUUGUCAAGGUCGUUGCGACCAGUAGUUAAAGUAAUCAAGCUCCCUCAGUUGGAAGCCUGGCCACAGAGUUGGAGGACUUCAAGACCUACUGAUGGCGACAUUGCAUUGUAUUUCUUCCCGCCCAGUGCGAGCCCAAAUGAAGAAUCGGAUGGUCCAGUGGAGGAAAUCAUUGAUAGUGGUGCUGUCUUACAAGCUGUUAUUGGUGUCGCUGAGCUGCUAAUCUUCCCCUCCACAAUGUUGCCAGCGCAAUAUCAUUUGUGCCAGGGCAAACGCUACCUGUGGGGGAUGUUCAAGCGUAGGGAAGAUGAGUCCGACAAAGAUCAUCUAGUUGAACAACAAUAUGAUUCAGCAUGUGCCAAAGAAGGGGAGAUACAAGAACACAUUUUUAUGGACCGGCAAUAUGAAGUACAAUGUGAGUCACCAGAUCAUGAAACUUCCGCUGUGAAGCAUGUCGUGCAUGUUGAGAAUCAAAUGCUGGUGGAGCAGAACUGUGGAGGGCAAGAGGCGACGAUGAGUGCUACGAUGGGCCUUCACUCACCUGGCAACAAUCCGUCAUCCGCAGAGCCGAACCCACCAAAGGCUAGAUCAAACUGUUUCACACAGCCAAGAGCUGACAGUAAACCAGAUAUGCCUGAAGAAGUGGACCACCAAGAUGAGAAAAACUUCAUCAAGCCAUCAGCUGACCCUGCGGGACCUGCUGCAGCCACUCCCAGUUCAAUCGAUUCUACCGAGUGUGGGGCAGCGCCUCCCAUGACCCAAUUGUUUGGAUUUGUCACGGCUCGGACACCAAGAGCGCAGAAGCUCAUCCAGGAGAUGGUCAGCGAAGGUGCGCUGUUAUUUUCGGUGGCUGAAGAGAUAGCGACUGGCGGAUCUGCAGUAGGCAGUAAUACUGGAGCACAAGUACAUCUGGCACCUGACAGUGCGUCUCCGCCUAUGCAGGAGCGCUGCCAGCCCAUCGGAUUCGUUCCACUGGAUGAUGAUGUGGCUUCUGAAGCCUGCCUGGAACUGUUCCCAGUUCGGCAGGGGCAUAUUGGAUGGACUCCUAGGGUAGAAACUAGCAAGGAGGUAGAUCUUGACCUGAGCCUUAGUGCGCGUUCCCGAGCAUCGUGUGGGUCAAUCCUGUAAUAUUUGCUGCCGAGGCUCCUUACGAACCUGGCCGGGUACAAUUUUGCUGAGAAUUGCAAUGGAUUGCCGUCUACCAAGCCGGCAAUCUUUUCUCUGUUAUUUCCAGUGCAUUCGUUUGCAAUGUUGCUGGCCAUGCUUUUUCUUGUAGUGAGUACUUUUUUGUACUAAUAAUAACCUUAAUAGCUAAGCUAUUAAACUGA